AUGGAGGUUUUAGAAAAUAAACAAUUAAACCAAGAUGUAAAUGGAGAGGAUUAUAUUCAUGCUGACAUUUUAAGUCAGGAGAAAAUAUAUUUCACAUUCGAUUUGCCAGAAACUAGUGAUGCAGAAUCAGUAAGCGGCAUUGUUAUACCGCAAAGAAAACUUUUUGCACAAAAAGAUAGUCAAACUGUGAAAAAUUUUGAACAAAUAAUGGACAAUAGAGAAAACCUGGCACAACUACAUCGGAGCAAAAUUAGCUAUGAUAAAACUAAUAAUGUUCAUAAAAAAGAUUCAUUUAACAGGGCUGCAAAGGAACGCAGUAAACCUGUAUUUCCUGCAAAAAAUUGCAAAUCAGGGCCAGGCACGAAAACUCAUUGGAAACUGAGCAGGCGCUAA